AUGUCAUCUCAAGAAAGUGGCUGUAAUUGCGGUGAUUCUUGUAAGUGUGGUGUAACUUGCAAUUGCGGAAGUUCUCAAACGAAAACGACCGAUACUGCACCAAAACGAGCCUUUGUUAUUAGACAAAGCAAUGGCAAUGCGUCAAAGAAAUUAUUCACGCAGCGUGAACAACGUGGAUAUGGGAAAUGA